UUACAUGGACUUCAUCGCUUACAGCUGUUUGUACAUUGUCGAAGUUUCGUUUUCAGCCGAAAAACAAAUAGAAGUCAUUUCAUCGAACUUUACAAACUAAAACUUUUAAUCCACAAUCAGUAUUAUAGCGAGUAUAAAAUAUCCGAGCGUUCGCGUUUCUGAUCAAUGCUCAGCAUUUAACGCGUUUUAAUUACAAACGAAUAUGUGACUUCAGACUGUGUGGCUUAACGUUAUUUAUUGAGCCGUUUUAAAGAAGAGUGUUGCGCUAUGGCGGAUGGAGCGAGUCUAAACGCAAGUAGUUUGACCUCUCGAGCAAGGAAAGUCAAUAACAGCGUUUCAAUCCCAGCGAACAUGAGGAGAAAAACUCGACAGAGAGACAGACGAGACAUUCAUAACCGGGUCGUCCUGGAGAAGGUCCUGGGCAUCAGUGCCUCCAGCAGCAGUGCUUUAACCUGCGACCACAACACGGGUUUAGUGGCCUAUCCUGCAGGUUGUGUUAUUGUCAUCCUGAGCCCAAAGAAAAACAAGCAGACUCACAUAUUUAAUACAUCCAGGAAAACCUUCAGUGCCUUGGCUUUCUCGCAGAAUGGAAAAUAUUUGGUCACUGGUGAGAGCGGGCACAUGCCCUGUGUGCGUGUGUGGGACGUGGCAGAGCGGGCGCAGGUGGCAGAGGUCCAGUGCCACAAGUACGGGGUGGCGUGUGUGUCGUUCUCCCCCAACGGGAGCUAUAUAGUGUCUGUGGGAUACCAGCACGACAGGACCGUCAGCGUCUGGGAGUGGAAGAAGGGGACUGUAAUCGCAUCCAAUAAGGUGUCCAGCCGUGUGCUCGCUGUGUCGUUCUCGGAGGACAACAGCUACUUUGUAACGGCGGGGAACAGGCAUGUUAAGUUCUGGUACCUUGACGCCUCAAAGGAAAGACGGGUUAACAGUACGGUGCCCCUGAUUGGUCGCUCGGGGCUGCUCGGGGAGCACCAGAACAGUCAGUUCUGCGGUCUGGCGUGUGGCCGCGGCUCUAUGGCCAGCAGCACCUACUGCAUCACACACACGGGUCUGCUGUGCCAGUUCAACAGCAACCGGCAGCUGGACUCCUGGGUUGAUCUCAAGACGACGUCAGCACAGGGCUUGUCGGUGAGCGAGACGUUUGUUUUCUGCGGCUGUGCUGACGGGACGGUGCGCGUGUUCAGCCCUCAGGACCUGCGCUACAUCACCACUCUGCACCGGCCGCACUGCUUGGGGGUCGAUGUGUCUCAGGGCACACAGCCGGGGCAUUUGUUCGGUGCAAACCCAGAAGCACAGUAUCCAGAUACCCUGGCUUUAACCUUUGACCCUGUGACCAGGCACUUGACGUGUGUGUAUAAUGACCACAGUGUGUACGUGUGGGACGUGCGGGACAUUCGCAAUGUUGGGAAGGUCUAUUCAGCUCUGUACCACAGCGGGUGUGUGUGGAGUGUGGAGACCUACCCUGAUCUUGAAGAUUCAUCAGCGUGUCUGUCGCCCGGAUCUUUCCUCACCUGUUCAUCUGAUAACACCAUCCGCCUGUGGAAAAGUGAGUCGCCGCAGAGUCACGGCUCGGCUCUCGGCCUUCGACACAACCUCUACAGCCAGGACAUCGUAAGGAUAGUAUAUGUGGACGAUGACACGCAGUACCUCAAAGCUGAGGCUGAGAAAGCUGAGGGAGGAGGUCAGGAUGGUAAAUCUGGGAUCAGGGUGAUGGGAAUCAGCCCAGAUGGACAGCAUUUGGCAGCUGGAGACCGCAGUGGGAACCUGAGGAUCUUCGGCUUGCAGUUUAUGGACGAGCUGCUGAAAAUCGAGGCUCAUGAUUCGGAGGUCUUGUGUCUAGCCUUCUCUCCUAAUGAGACCGGUUUGCAUCUGUUGGCUUCUGCAAGUCGUGAUCGGCUCAUUCACAUCUUUGACGUGGAGAAGAAAUGCAACCUAGUGCAGACGGUUUACGAUCAUUCGGCCUCCAUCACUGCCAUCAAAUUCACAGGUCUGAAUUCAGAGUUGUGUUUGGUCAGCUGUGGCGCUGACAAGAGCAUCUAUUUUCGAUCUGCUGAGAAGACCUCAGAGGGCUUGAACUUCUCACGAUCACAUCACAUAGUGGAGAAGACCACACUGUAUGACAUGGACCUGGACGCCACGCGCACACACACGGCCAUUGCGUGCCAGGACCGCAACAUUAGAGUGUACGAUGUGAGGAGUGGCAAGAUGAAAAAGUGUUUCAAGGGUUCCCUGAAUGAUGAUGGGACACUGCUCAAGGUCCAGUUGGAUCCCUCUGGCAUGUUUCUGGCCACCAGUUGUUCAGACAAAAACAUCUGCAUCUUUGACUAUGAGUCAGGCGAAUGUGUGGCCACCUUAUUUGGACAUUCGGAAAUUGUUACAGGAAUGAAGUUCAGCCGGGACUGCCGGCAUCUGAUCACCGUAUCUGGUGACAGCUGUGUGUUUGUGUGGCGCCUGGACUCUCAGAUGACCAACUCCAUGAGGAAGAGGUUGGCGGAGAGAAAGCAGAAAGCAGGCCUGAGGGUUCAACGGGCCCCCAGCAAACAAGAAGCCAUCAGGAGAGAGACCUACAUCGCUGUGCCCUGCACUGCACCGCCUCACAUGGAGGAAGAGGAGGAGGAGGAGGAGAAUCCAGAAGAUGCUGUGGACGACUGCAGGACUCCAGACAGACUCGACUCCACGGAUGCAUCUCUGGAUUCUGUGGUGCUCCAAACCAAUGGCAAAAUGCCCAUGUGGGUGCGCAGACUGGGUGGAGGAGGUGAGAAUGAUGGUAGUGGCGUAGAUAAUCGAGCUCAGUACCAGCCUCAGGGACGCUGGGCAGUGCAGUCAGACCCACUAGCCAUCCGCACCGUACUGGAGAUGAAGAGCAUGCAGCUUCCCCUGUCACACACUCCCAGCAGAGCCGUGGGAGAGGAGGACUUCGAGGAAGACUCGUGCUUCCACCCACAGAGUUUGGAUAGUCUGUUGGAUGAAGGCGUCGAAGACGAUGAUCUAGAGGAAGAGGAAAAAAUUUGCAGUGUUUCCAGAGAUGCGUUUAGCUCUUCUCUCCAAGGGCCAGAUUUUCUGCAGUUGCCACAUGGAGAGGAAAACUUCAAUCCCAAGCACAGCUCACCAGAAAAGACUGGAUACAUUUUGUACCCUGCCAACAGCACUGCUCUAUCCACUGGAGAAGGAGAGUUCGAUGUUAAAGCUCUGUGUGAAGGGUCAGGUGGUGACCCUGAGGACGAGGAGCUCAGCCCAGAUAGCGCUUGCUCUGCUGAGAGUCCAGCCUCCCACAGUGACCAGCCCCAUGACCAGGACACGGACUCCCUCAGUCAGGUGAGCUCCACGGGAAGCUCAGGAGUGGAAGAGGAAGAGGAUGAAGAAGAAUCUGGAACGCUGCUUCGCCAACAUUUCGACACUCUGGGUGUGGCUGCUAAUGAAAAGUUCAACACAGACUUGAGCUGUCUGCAGCCCAGCGGCACAGAGGGUAACUUCCUCAAUCCUCGUCUCAGCAUCUCCACACGCUUCCUCUCCCGCUUCCAGAGCCGCUUCCGCGCUGUAGGGUCUAGUAGCAGUGCUGUGUGUCGGCUCGCAGCGUGUCUGCCCAGUAUACCUGACGAGUCCAGUGCCGGCUGCCAAACCCUCGACGCAACAAUGGACAAGUCAAAGCUUCUUUCAAACAACAGUGGAAGCAUUGAGGAGAACGAGAAGAGUGAAAUCUCAAACAAGACCAUUCAUUCCAAAGCUGCCAAUAAUACCGUCAACGCCACAACAAUUCUUGCCACCAAAUCUGCCAGCAACACCAAAGAUGCAGACGCCUCGGUUACACGUUCCCGCCAAAGCUACAUGGGACCCACUGCAAGCUCCCGCGCUAAGAUCGCGCAGAGCACCUCUGUGGAGGCUCUGAACGUGUGUGUGUCGGAGGAAACGCAGCUAAACACCCCGUCCUCGUCACUGGACCCAACCGUAGAGCAAAGCAAAGAGAACAUUAUUCCUCUUCCCUCGGGACCGCCUCAUCCGACUCCGGCCUUGGGAAACCACAGUGCCCGGGCAGCGCUUCGAUUGGACCUCGUUGGCCCCGGCCGGGCCAGUUCGUCUCCGGUGUCGCUGAAGACCCGUCUGGGGAAAGUUGAAGGUCCCGGGUCUCCGUGUCGACAGGCUUUGGUGACGCCCACUGAGAUGCGGUCACUGGGGAAAGAGUGUCGGAAGCAGAUCAUUCAUAUUGAGCAGAGUUUGCCCACAAAGACUUCAGGCAGGUUCUCGACAGGGUAUGACAUGUUUUCCGGGAAGCCCAGUGUGUCGACGGUGGUUGAAGACCUGCAGUUUACAGGGUCAUGUGAGAACACACAGACCUCGGGUCAGAUCGCAGUAACUCUAGACGGAGAGGAUUCGACAGGAAACGACUGCCUUGGGGAGAACACAGGUCUUUCUGCAGGGUCGCUGAGUGUCCAGAUGUGUAAGAAGAUGGUGAAUGAACUCUGGCACACCAUCCAUAAAGCAACUGGCUUUUACAGCGAGUUGUGCUCCAUCCCGGAGCUGUCGGAGCAGCAGGAACAGAUGAAGAGUAUUUUGCAGGAGGUGUUUGUGGGCGUACAGUGCGAGUUACUCUCCCUGUGCCCACAGGAGACCCGCGCCCGUCCCGUCCCGGAAGACUCCCCCGGCCGCCAGCUGCGGGACGCCCGGGCCGUGGCCCUCCUGGAGAAAUACUCCGAGAUGCUCUUACUGCGAAUGACUGAAAAAGGAGCUCCGCCCGCACUGGAGUAACGGCUUGUUUUAUUGGCCGAAAUGAACUUCUAACGCCAUACCCCCAUAAGCACCUUUAAACUUUUGAAUGUCUUGCGUUGCUUUUAUGCUUUUAAAU